CGUGUACCUUCAAAGGAGGGAAGGUUGUUGCCGUUUUAGAAAUGCGCACGCGAUAACCGUUUUAAUUUACGUAGUUUUAAGAUGUGAAAAGAUUGAAAGAAAAUUUUUGUCGCGUUUAAAUCAAGUAUAGUUCCAUGCGGUGACGAGGUUUUCAUCUUCGUGAUAACGAAGAAUAAGUGGACAAGAUGCCCUUCGUGCAGCGGGUGGUCGAACCGAAACACCUCGCCAGGAGUACGAGUCUUUGGACGGAUGAUGGACGUCCAAGAGUCUCGGAUUGUGAACUUCAGGCUGUUACGAAUAGCACUCUUAGUAAUGCCCUUAGACAACUCGCCUCUUUGGUUUUGGCCACCGAAGAUAUUUUCGCACAAUUGGGCGGUGAUCUUCAACAAAUCGCUCGAAGAUCGCAACGGCUCAAAGAGAAAAUGGGGUUGAUUGAAGAAAAAUUAGCAACUUUCGAUCCAAAGAAGGUUACAGUACCCGAAAGCGAUAUUUCAACUUUCGCACUGUUGAAGAAGCAUUACUCGUCCAAAUACGAUGUUACGACCAACUUAUUUUCUGCUGAGACGAGGCCAUCGGCGGUUAGAGACCUCUACGAAGCUGCAGCCAAAACUCCGGUGCAUUUGAUGAGGCAAAUGGACAAAUGGAGGCGGGAUGGGCAUCGGUCUUCAAAAUUCUUCCUUUGCACUCCCGUCUUGGGAAGGAAAAGAAGAAUUAAAACCAAGGUGGAUAUUGAUAUCGAGACGAGUAUGCCUGCAGCUGUAGAAGAAUUACGUCGUUGGACAUCGAACGAAGCAUUAGGAGACAUCACCGUUACAACGGACUGUCAAAAUAGGAUACCUCCAACCCACGUGACUUUGACAGAUGGUGACGUCACUGACACUGUUUUAUCAGACGACGAAGCCAUUGACCAUAAAUUACCAUCGCCUGAAGAGCAGCAACAAGUCAUCGCGAUGAGGUUUCUACCGGAGUUGGUUUCCAUUGAUAUUUCUGGUAGACAUUUCGAUCGCAUGUCGUUUCAGAGACGGUCGUUGUUGAACGUUGAAUCGGAAGAUGGCAAUACUGUGAGGAGAAAAACUAAAUCGAGACGAUCGAGAAGUAAAAGAAGAAACACCUUGGCCGGAACUGAUGAAAAAGAAAUCGUCGAUGUUUUAGUUAGCGGGGAUAUACCAACGACGUCGAAUCAACACGACAUUUCAGCACCACCAACAGUCGGAGUAUCUUCAAGAAGUAAAAGUAGCGAUAUUUUAAGAUCGAGUGUAAAGAAGGAUUCCCCCGAAACGAAAAAAUCUCACUUCGACAGUUUAAAGCAAUGGGGGAAGAACCGAUUAAAAAUACUAAACAAGUACACAGAAAAAUCGCAAGAUCUUAAAGAUAAAGAAAAUAUAGAAGAUAUUAAUUUAUACGAAACUGUAACGAUUAAAAGAAAGCGCAGUUUGGAUAGAGAUAAAAAGAAAGAAACUUUACAUCAAAGGCAACCAUCAGGAAGUUCGACGGAUAAAUCAAGCAUAGCAGCCCCGCAAGUUAAAUUAAGAGAUAGUUCUUUACAAAGACGUUUGAGAAGAUCUGGUGGCGAAAAUAAAGAAGAACCGCAUUCAUCUAGCGGUAAUUGGAGUGCUAGUUCUGAAAGCGGAAGAGCUUCAAUCGGUUCGGAAAUAACAACUCACCCAAAAUCAACAACAUCGGCCGCCACCUCUAGUAAUUCAUUAAACAUUCAUCCUCCGGGAUCAGCAAACAGCCGAAGACGUUAUAACAUCAACACCUCAACAUCUGGAAGCUGUACAAGCGAAGGAACUUUAACGCCAGAUAUUAUUCACGAUUUACACGAAGAUGGCGAAACAAGUUCAGUUUAUUCUUGCGACACCGAAGGUUAUUACACGUCGUUCCACGUUGAUAGCGGGCUAAAAACGUUGAGAGAAGAGGAUGGCCCGCAAACUCCGAUUCAUUCAACGACCGUUUUUACGAAUUCCUCAAGUAACACGAUUUUAUCGGCUGAAAAUGAGUAUGAACUUUUCGGGAAAGGGUCUACUUCGACCACAACGAGUUCUGCAGGAACUGUUUGUACAACUUUACGCGCCGCCGAUUCCGAUAGAUCUUUGCUAAACGUUGGUCCGGCUGUUCCAGAAAGAAAAAGCUCGUUGAAUCAAAAAAAUUUGAAAUCGUCGCCGGAAAGUUCCCUGGAACGGGAUUAUUCCGAAAAAACCGGAACUGUUAAAAGGAGUCCGCAUCAAAAAAAUUCUUCAACAGUUGCGCUUAUUCAUAAAUCGCAAGGGGAUGUUUCUCCUGAUAGUGGGCAUAAUUCAUCGCCGAUUGAAUCGGCGAAUAGUCCAAAUGGAGCGAGGAGUUGCUCGGAGUUUGAGUUUUCCGAAACUUCGGAUGUUGAAGGAGAAAGAGUUGAGAGGAUUCGAGUCAAAACAACGAUUAAUUCCAGCAGAAUUCCUUCAAUGUGCGCGAUAACCCCACCAAUAAGCGACGAUGAAAGCGUCAAAAACUUCGACACAAUCCAAGAAAAAAUAAACAACAAAAUAAUCGAAACAAAUUUGGACCAUUUAGACAUAGUCAAAGAAACGAAUUUAAUGAAAAACACCAAAAUCCAAUUAAUUAACGUUAACCCACAAAGUGGUUACGCCACGAUCGAAACAAUCCAAUCAAACGAAUCUAAAGGAUUUCGAUCCGCUUCUCCAAGCGGAGGAACUGUGAUAAUCAAAGAUAUCAAACCCGCGAAUCUUCAGAGUCAACCCAUUUUUAAAUCGACUUUAUUACCCCUAAACAACAUGAUUGGGAAAAUAAAAACGAAUUGGAACAACAUAAAGAAGCAAAAUCAAGCUGAACCGGAUUAUGUAACGAUCGCUGAAAAAAAUAAUAACGACAUGGAUCAAAAUUUAAAAGCGGUUUUAUCGGGGAAAAUCAAAGAAACCGAGUAUGUUUCAUUAAACGAGCUCCCCAUCGAUUCAGAUUUAAACUCGCUCGAAAGAAAACGAAAAGGAGCUCGAGUCACUUUAAACGCAGACGGGAAAGUGGUUUAUUCCUCGGAUAGUUUACCAAGAAGGAAAGGAUCGAGUACCUUCGAGCCUGGCCCGUUUGUGAAAGACUCAAAAAGUCCAACUCCGAGUCCGAUUCCGGAUCAUCGCAACAUCAACAUCCGCCCGGUUAAUCGGCCAAUGUCGCCGCAAUUAGGUAAAGUCAUCAUUCGUGCGAGUUCCGGAAUGCAAAACUCCCCAACCUCAGAAAUAAUCCGCAUGCAACCUAGUACCGUAGUUACACCCAACCAAAGUUACCCACACAAAUCAACAUCAACAUCAACAUUCCCCGGAUUAACGCGUAGCGGAGCUUACGUGCAUAUGUUGGAUCAAAAAGAGUCCAAUUUCCAAGGUAAGAUAACAUUAACAUCAAAUAAUCUCAUCCAAAACGAAAAAAAUAAUUUAAAUCAUAAUAAUAAUAAUAAUAAAUUGUUGACGCGCCGUGAAAGUUAUAAAUUGGCAAACUACCAACCGCUGCCGAAGAAAGUUUCGAAUUUGGAUAAGGGGAAAUUGGCGAUCGAAGAUCGUAUUGAAAAGGAAAUCGCGGCAGAGCUUUGGCGCGAAAGGAUCAAUUAUCCGGCGACGGUGUCGCCAAAGCUUUGCGAAAGACCCUGUCACGUGUACAGCGCUACGCACGCGCGCGAGCUUCUCAUCGCUUCGCCCCCUACCAAAAGGGUCACCGUGCUCAACGAGAACGGGGUCGAAGCGAAAGCUCGUGUUUUAUCCGUGUGCGGGAGUGAUACCGAAAUUUGGUGAUGUAAACAAUUAAUUGGCUUUAAAAUGAUUUUGUCAAAAUCAUUUGAGGUGAGAAAAGUUCAUUUUGUUAUUCGGAAUGAAUUCAUUCUUAAGAUGUGGUGAUUCAUUUUUAUAUGAUCAUCUUAAAGUAUAAUACCAAAAUGCUAAAAUUUCUUAAACAUUAACAUUUUUAGAUCUAAACACUUCAUUCUCAAUAGGUAAUCUUUCAAAAUUACGUUACCCCAACUUAACUUAUCGAGUUAUGUUGUCAUGGAAAUAGAAAUGUUAAAAUCUAAGACAUUUUUGAGUAGUUAUGAGUUAUGAAUCAAAUGAAAAAUUUUUUGGAUAUAAAGUAGUCAUCUUCAGCCAAAAAAAGGUGGUUCCAAACUCUAGAAGUAAUCAAAAACAUAUUUUGUCUAUUAUCGUUUUGAUUUCAUCGAGGUUGAUGGCUGGAGGUGAAGAAUUUGUUCUGGAAACAAACCCUGCUGGAAUAAGAUAUUUCGUUCUUUCUGCUCACCUCUCAUAUUAUCUCCUUCAGUUUGUCUUGUCAGUUUAUGAUCAAAUAUCUUCAAGUCUCUGUAUCGGCUAUGGAGAACACGCAUUAAAGAUGACAGGUUUAAUGGAAAUAGUUGCAAAAAAUCAAUGAUAGAUGCAUAACCUGGAUUAUCCUCAAAAAGUAAAAAAGAGUGCAUUUUCAAAAAUCAUAGCUCUGUAGCUCUGCGGUUACAAAUUUCCAAAUUAUUUUCUGCCAAGGUACCAACUGUUUUGCAACUUGAUCCUCAACCUUUUAAAAAUUAUGUAAUCAUUUUAAAAUGUUUAUACAUGGAAUUGAGAUCCCACCAAGUAACAAACCCCAAUCCAACUCGGAUAAUAGAGCUAACAGGUCUUUAUGUACUACAUAAUACUUUGCGUUCUUGUCUUGAUAAUACGCGGGAACAGUGCUAUUCAGGCUGUUCCUAAACUUUGUUUGCUCAGAACUUCUUUAUUCUAUCAUAACCCUACAUUUAUUUUUGCAGUUUCUAAUAGUAAAUUU